UUCUCAGCUUAUGUAUUGAAGUUUAUUAGUGGGGUUUGUUUAUGUAUUGUGUAAAGUUUGAAUAUUUAGAUGGAUCUUGAAUUGGUGAAGAAAAGUUUGAACUAUGCACAAAAGAAGAGGAAAUGGAUAAUUCUUUUUGGAUUAGUUGGUUUAUCUAGUUAUGGUGCAUAUAGAGUAUAUCACAUGCCAUCUGUAGUGAAGAAAAGAAAGAGGGUUAUGAGGUUAUUGGGAGCUUUUAUUUCAAUGGCUGAAAUGGUCUCUGAUUCUUCUGAAGCUGUUAGUGUUGUGUCAAAAGAUUUAAAGGAGUUUUUGCAGUCUGAUUCUAAUGAAAUUCCUAGAAGUUUGAGACAGUUAUCUAAAAUUGCAAGAUCUGAGGAAUUUACCAAUUCUAUGAUUAGACUUUCCCAGGCUUUAACAGUUGGGAUUUUAAGGGGAUAUGGGAGUGAAAAUAAGGGCGAAAUCGAGGAGGUUGGUAGGCCGAAUCUUGCUGAUAAGGUCAUGGAUAAAAUGAUGAGUACUGUUGGGACUGGAUUUGUUUCUGUUGUUGUUGGUAGCUUUGCUAGGAACUUGGUGUUGGGUUUUUAUUCGAAUAGUGGAUCAGAUGAGGGGUUGAAUGGGAAUUACCAGUCAAGUUCAUCAGCAGUGCCGAGAUGGGUGGAUAUUGUUUGUAAUGAUAGAUGUAAACUAGUGAUAGCUGAUUGUAUCCAGACAUUUGUGAGCACUGCUGUUGCUGUUUACCUUGAUAAAACAAUGCAUAUAAAUGUUUAUGAUGAGAUGUUUUCUGGGUUAACCAAUCCGAAGCAUCAAGCUAAUGUGAAGGACUUUCUAGUUUCUGUAUGUAAUGGGGCUGUUGAAACACUGGUGAAGACAUCUCACCAAGUCAUGAAUUCUAACUCUGCUUGUUCGAUUGCUGAUCAAAGUGAAUAUUUAACUCAAGAAAGUGAAAAGGCUUUUGAGAAAGUGCCAGAUUCGAGUCAACCGAUAGAUCAACAAAGUAAUGGAUGGCUGACUAGUGUGUCAACAACAUUAGCGGUUCCAAGCAAUAGGAGGUUUGUGCUUGACGUGACUGGCAGGGUGACAUUUGAAACCGUUAGAUCCAUCGCGGAGUUUUUCACUUGGAAGCUAUCAGAGAGCAUGAAAAGAAGUGUUAAUGUUGUUCACGAAGAAGUUGUGGAGAGAGGGCUGGAUGUCAUCACUUACGUCAACACUAAAUCUUAUGUAAUUCUUACAGUAUGCCUUGCAUUAUUUUUACAUAUUCUUGGCAGUACUCAUGCUUUAUUGCCUGCCUAAAAGUUAUUGAUCUCAUUUGAUCUAAUGUCUUAGAAGCUUAUAUGUUCUGUAGUCUAUAUGUACAUGCAUUUGUUACACCUAUAAUUUAGAGGACAGUUUCUUUCA